CUGUGAACACCUCCCAGCCACUCAGAUCAACGUUCUUCCGGAUCAUCAAGGGCAAGGUUACCUUACAUCGCCCCAAAAUGCUCUCUCUUGAAACGAAACGGACGUGCGGAUUCUUCUAAGAGCGGUUAAACCAAUGCAACCAGAAAGCCAGCGUUUUACCGGCGGAGAGUGGAGGUAAUAUUCCAACAGCCCGGUACCAUCAGCAGAUGCCUCGCCAAAUGUCACGUUUCUGCCCUGGAGGAGUUUCUGGGACUUAACUGUGAACGAACUGUUAAAAAAAGCCGAAAGUUUUCUUGAAAGCAUCAGUCAUCCAUUAAGAUGGCAAUGGAAAACGGUCAUAAUGUUAAAGCUGCCGGCGCGGGUGGGAAAGAACUGAAAAUUGUGAUAGUGGGAGACGGUGGCUGUGGGAAGACCUCGCUGUUGAUGGUGUUUGCCAAAGGAGACUUCCCCGAACAAUAUGCCCCAUCUGUGUUUGAGAAGUAUGUGAAAGAUAUCACGGUUAAAAACAAGAAGUUUACUUUGACUCUCUAUGAUACUGCAGGUCAAGAGGAUUAUGACAGGCUCCGCCCUCUCUCCUACCAAGAUACACACAUCUUCUUAAUCUGUUAUGAUGUCACAAACCCCACAAGUUUUGAGAAUGUCCGUAUUAAGUGGGUCCCAGAAGUAAGUCACUUUUGCAAGGGGGUGCCUAUAUUCCUGAUCGGUUGCAAAACAGACCUGCGAAUGGACAAAGAACGUUUGAGAAGAUUGAGAGCUGCCCAGCAAGAACCAAUCACAUAUAACGAGGGUGAAGAGACUGCUCGCCAGAUUAACGCAGUCAUGUACUUGGAAUGUUCAGCUAAAUUCCGUGAGAACAUAGAGGACAUCUUCAGAGAAGCUUCAAGUGCAGCUUUAAAUGCCAUCAAGAAGAAGAAAAACAAAAAGAGGAAGCAGAAACAAUGCUUGCUUCUUUGACAGUCAUUACCUACAGAGGUUAAUGGACAUCAGUGUGCCAGACUGGGCUGCAUAUACUGUAAUAUAAUUAGUCAUAGCUUUUAACAAAUUUAUUUGUAAUUGUGAUACAUUCUCACUGAAAACAUUUUAUGAUAAGGGGAUAUUUCUCACAUCCCUCGAAAGUUAUGUUGCCAUAUACCAAGAUAUUCCAGGCUAGAAAUGCAUUGCUAACACACCAAAUAAAUCGUCAGAUGCAAGAAGAGUAAAAGUCUUUAGUGAUCUGUAGAAUCAGGCAUUUCAUCCACAUUAAAAAAUAACUCCAUACAAAAAUUACAAAAUUGUAAACACUGACCAUUUGAAUCAAAAAAGCUGCAUAGACUAAUGGAAUCACAGCACCUAUGUAGGGUGAAGCCAAGAGGGUGUUUUGAAAGGGUAUAUCUUCAUGAUUUAUGAGCUGUCAUUGAAAUGUAAUUUGAUGCUAACAUGCUGUUGUGUAUUUCCAGCAAGUUUUAUUCUUGUGCUAAUGUCACUCAACAUCACUUAACCAUCACUGUUGCUGUUGGAUUUCGUGCUCCCUGCGUCUCAUGAAACUUUUACGGUUGAACAUAUUUUUACGUUCAAUGUUUAUUUUGUAAAAUAAUGUAAAAUAGCAGCUGCUUUCAGGUCAACCACGCUUUAAAUUGUGAGAAGUAACAGUAUAACCUGUCACUACAAGCAAUCGCAGUUUAAUGGCACUAAAGCACUUUUUAAAAGUAACUAUUUCCCCCUUUUUUCUUUUGCUUCUGAAAGCAUAGACUUGUAUGAAGAAUAUAGUUUCACAAGUGCCUACAGCAGGCUCAUCUAACACAAGUGUGCUUCUAGUUAAGUGCAACUGGAUGAUGUUGCAAGGAGCAACAUGUUCCUCCAAUCAAAUGUGGUUUCUGAGACGAAAUAAAACACUCCUCCUGCUCCAAAAAACAUACCCAGGCUAAAAGACAACCAAUUUCCAGUCUCCAUAUUCAACUGAAUUCUGAAGCCAGCAUGGAGCGUGUCCCACCUGAAGUGAAGUUUGUUCAUCCCAACCCCUUCACUCAGUCCUGGACUCCAGCCCUUCCCUUGGCGAUCAGGAUUCUCUCUCUCUCUCUCUCUCUCUCUCUCUCUCUCUCUCACAUUUCAUUGAUUACUUAUUUGAAAUAGGAAGAUGUCAUUUUGAAAUUUUCUUUUCCCCUGAAACUCAUUUCCGUUUAGUGUUGACCUAAAGCUUCUCUUUCUGAAGAAUGGGGGAGAAAUUGAAAUAUGACCUCCCUCCCACAAAAGGGUUACACAAACAUGGCUCCUAACCUUCAGGUGGCUUUUUCAAAUUUCUUUUGUUAAAUAUCCUGACCUUAAAUACCAGCGGGCUAUUCAACAUUGUGGAAAUAAUAUUGAGCUCCAUCCGCUCCUCUUCAGUUUCCAGGAGCUGUGAAUCUGCCCAUCUUUUUCUAUUCCUUUGGACACAGCAUAAUUCAUCUGCAUCUGGCUCCAAAAUCAUGAUUGCACUUGGUUAUUUCUCUGAGCAAGGCAGCCGAUAUUCCCCCUCCCCCACCCAUUGUCUCCGGAUGCCAAUGCCUGUACCUUUGACCACUGCCAGUUGAACACAUUCCCUUCUGCACCAAAUGGGAAAUAAAACUAAUAUCUUAUCAUCUACAUCACUCAAGUCCACCACAGCCUUUCAAAAUGAGCAAUCAGGAAAGCUGCUAAAGCACUACAAAUAUGACACAUCUUAACAAUAAGUUUUUAAUUCAUUUUGUUGAACAGCUGCAAAUCUUUUCUGCUUGUUCUGCCUUGCUCAGAGAAAUAACCAAAUGCAAGCAUGAUUUUGGAGCCAGACGCAAAUGAAUUAUGCUGUGUCCAAAGAAAUAGAAAGAAGAUGGGCAACACAGUGUCUCAGUGCUGCUGUCUCUACGCACUAAGGACCUGGGUUCAAUUCCACCUUCUGGCGACUUUGUGUGGAGUUUACACAUUCUCCCAAGUCCGAGUGGGUUUCCUCUGCAUACUCUGGUUUCCUCCCACAGUCCAAAGAUAUGCAGGUUGGGUGGAUUGGAUAUGGUAAAUUGCUCUCAAUGUCCAUGGAUGUGUAGGCUAUGUGGAUUAGCCAUGGGAAAUGCAGGGUUACAGGGAAUAGGGUGGGGUACUCUUCAGAGAUUUUGUGUGGACUUGAUAGGCCAAAUUGUCUGCUUCCACACUAGGGAUUCUAAGAUCAAGUGACCUUCUGUUAGGAAACAAUCUACUGAUUUUAUAGGACUAAACAUCACACUCCAGGGAAAAUUCAACUUCUUUUCAUUCUUCCUUUCAUAACUCAGUCACUGUCUAACUUAAAGUUAAAAAUCACACAACACCAGGUUAUUGUCUAACGGGUUUAAUUGAUGUGUUUACAACCAUCUGAUGAAGGAGCGGCACUCUGAAAGCUAGUGCUUCCAAUUAAGCCUGUUGGACUAUAACCUGGUGGUGUGUGAUUUUUAACUUUGUACACCCCAGUCCAACACCGGCAUCUCCAAAUCAUGUAUACUGUCUAACUUAACUUCCUCAUCAGAAAGGGCUCCUGAUUGCAGCAUAUUGGUGCAAAAGUUAAAUGUUUAAACCAAUAAAGAAAUAAACUGCUUCUUUUUAUUGGUUCAUGACAGCUGAAAUGCCAGAAAAUGCUGACAGAGAUGUCUACAGCUCUCUGCCUAUUCCUGCAGCCAAGAUCCAAGGUGGCUUGUCCUUGGAUAUAAGAAAGUGAUCUAUUCACUGUAUUUGCUUUGACAAAUAUAUAGAUUCCUUAAGUAUUAGCAGGAUAGAAGUUUCUGUAGCACAAUAAUUGGUCUUCAGAAGUGUGCUCUAGAUAAGCUUAAAGUAAUUUUACCUGGAAAAAAAUGGGCACAAUGUAAAAGGAGCUGUUGAUUCAAUAUCACCUGUUUCUUGCUUGUGCAGACUGAUUUCAGCUCCCAGUGUAUUUUAUACAGAUAAUCUUGUGACUUUUAAUUCAUUUUCAAUAUUUCUGGCACCAUAAUUAUGAUGUUCAGCUAAAAGUUGUACCAAACAGUUGAAGCAUGUGGUCGUUUUUGACUUUGAUUCUCAACAAAGUCAAACAUCAAACUUAAACUUUAGCAAACCAACAUGGAAAAUAGUAUUUAAUGCAGUAUUUUAGACCAUUGACAGUGCUGCAUUCGUCCUUUGUCACUGACAAUUCUAUAAAGUUUUCUUUAUUUAAAUAA